AGCCACUUGGGCUCAGGCCUUUUGCUCCAAGCCUGCACCAGUUGGCACAGCGCUGCCCUGCCGCCGCAGUCGCGCCCCGCCGUUGCAGGAGAUGGCCCGCCUGGCCUUCGCAGUCGUCGCCCUCCUGCUCGCCAGCCAGGGCUGCGCAGCCGUCGAGGACACGACCACCGUCGAGGAGGAGCGGCGCUGGGAGACCACCGAGAGCCCGGAGGCGACAUUAGCUCCAACACCGGCUCCAACGCCAGCGCCUACGCCAAUGCCGACGCUGGAACCGACCCCAGCACCAACACGGGCACCAACGCUGACGACGCUCGCGGACAUCGCAAAGGCGGAGGACAUGCUUGCUUUCCAGCUGAUCGCAUCGAACUUGUCAAGCAUAACGACGACGAUCGAGGGAAUAGAGAUCACAGUCACCAAGGCAAGCGUGAGCGAUGCCAUCGACGGGCGUAUCCCACUGCCAGACGUGAGCGCUGCGACUGGCGUGGAAGUAGGUCUACCCACCUCGCUAUUUGACGCCGUUGGAGUUGAGAGCGCGCUGGUCUUGGCCGCGAACCUCCCCGCAUCGGCCGUGCCCGGGGGAGCACCAGGCAUACAGGUAGAGGGCGCGAUCAGCAUCACCCUGAAGUCUGUCGAGGACGGUUCGACCCUGUCAGUGACAGGCCUCCCAGAUCCGAUCUUCAUCGACCUGCCGAACGUGAGCGACGGCCUUGCUUGCGGUCGGCGGAUUUCGACGAAGCCAUGCUGGAAUGGAGCUCCGAGGGCAUGGCAACUACGCGCCUCGCUGACGGCACGCUGCGGUGCGCGACCACACACCUCACAGUUUUCGGGGCCAUACUGAAGGGUUUCUUGAGCUCGCUCGAGUGCAGCCAGGCCAGCCUGCUGUCAGCAGAGUCCUACGUGGAGUUGUGGACUGGCGACUGGUUGGACUCCGCGGGCUCGGUGUUGCUGCUGUGUGUGAUGUUGUUGUACAUCGCCAUGCUGUUUACCGCGCACGCGUGCGACGUCAGGGACGAGCGGGCGGGCCGCUGGGGCACGAGGGAGUUCGUCGUUCCCGAGCUCGCGCGGGAACCCGUCGCCUGCCCCACGACGCGGGCGGACGGAUACCACACCGAGACGACGGGCGUGCCCCCAGUGACCCUGCUCGGUGCUGAGCACGCAAACGUCACGGAGGUUCUGCGCAGGCAUUUCUGCUUGGAAAGUUCGAGCUGCAGCGCCGUGGGUGCCGAGGACCGCGCCGCGGCGGGCGUGCCUCGGACAGCUCCGCGCGGCGCCGAUCACACGCCCGUUACGGAGGCGUUGCGCAAGGAGUUUUGCAAGAAAAGGUCAGGCGGCAGCGUCGCGAGCAGUCAGAGCAGUCAAGGCCACGCGGUGGCAGCUACACCGUCAAGGGCCAGCUAUACAACCGCUGUGCGGUCGUUGCAGUCUGCCCGCCAGGCGGUCCAGGAGGACACAAAGGCGUCUUGCGAGGAUCUGUUGCAGGGCGCGCUCUUGGAAGUCGUCAGCAUCGUCACCAAUUGCGUCGACGGCGUCCGGCAAACCGUCGAGGUGUUUGUCAGUUUCGCGUGGGAACUUCUCAGGGGCAACUUCGGCCUCAAGGAUCUGGCCAAAACGCUGGCUGAGUGGAACGCGACGAACCGGGUGUGCGCGUCUCUGCUCAUGCACCCCAGAGAUGUGGACUUCCUGCUCAGCCCAGAGGUCCAGAAGGAGCUGGAGCCCCCGGCGCCGGGCGAGCUGGACAGCGAGGGUGCUGCGCUGCGCACCCUCGCUGGCUCCGCUGCCGAGGGCGGCGUCGCCGAGGCCAAGCGGCGGCACGACAUGCUGGCCGAGAUGGUCGGCAGGGUGCAGGUGGCCCGUGAGGGCGCGCUGCGGCGUCGCCGCUCGCGGUGCCACGCGGCUCGCACGUUGAUGCUAUCUUUCCUGAUCAACUGUCCCGUCGGGGCGGUCUUUGUGCGAAGCAUCACCAUGAGGAGAUCCAUGAGGGUACUGCUGCUCGGCUGCGAGCUGACGGGGGCCGUGAUGAUCGCUACGUUCUUCUUCGCGAGCACGGGGGGGGCUCUGGCGAAGGACUCGCCCGAGGAGUGCAACGCGGAGUGUGACGACCGUGACGACGAUUGCAUGUGGCAGGCGCUUGGAGAGUUGAUCGCAGUCGGUGUGGUCUCUGCGCUCUUGGCGAGCAUCCCUCUAUCCAUCAUCAAACUGGCGCACCAGCGUCACUUCGUGCGAGUUCCAACGGAGGGGUGUCGAGAGUGGGAGCUGCAGCUAGGGAGGUGGCGCAGGCGGGACGCCCUCGUCUACGUGCUGGGCACGCUGUACAGCCUCUUCGCCAUAAACUACGUCGCCCUCUUCUUCGCAAACGUCUCCUCCAAUGACCACCUGGAUCUGAUCAGCUCUGCUGGCGUCUCCUUCGCGCAGGGGCACCUCCUCUUCCCGCUGCUGCGGGCUUUCGUGGUAACCAGCCUGGCACUGUGCGUGUGAGGGUGGGCGCGGCGAAGGACGCGCGGAGGCAAGGACGGGCUCCUGGGGUUGGUUGCGCGGGCGGGGCCACUCAGGAAAGGGCUGAUCUCGGACCUGGCUGAUCUCGGCCCCGGCUGAACUCGGGCCCGACUGAUCUCGGACCCAGCUGCGCAAUGGGGCAUGGGUGCAUGAAGGUCUUAGGGCAUUCGAGUGCUGGAGCAAAAAAGCAUUAGGGCGUCAGGGCCGCUUAGGGAUUUAGGGCGUUCUGGCCUUAGGACAUUCGGAUAUUAGGCCGUUUGGGUGUUAAGGUGUUAACGGUCUCUGGGUUAACAUCUUAGGCUUUUGUAUUGGGGCUUCCGGAUGUUAGUGUCUCUGGGACUUCGUACAUUCGCAUGCGGUUGACCUGCCAGCCGGAGGAAUUCGAGCCCAGCCGAAUUCGCACCUGGCCGAACUCGCACCCUGCCGAACUCGCACCCCGCCGAACUGGCACCCAGCGGCUCAUGCAUUCUCCUCCGGCUCUGCCUCCUCCAGAGGCAGAACAAUUCGCACCCGGCCGAGAACGCACCCAGCCGAACUCGCACCCGGCGACUCUGGCACUCUCCCUCGGCUUGGCCUCCUCCGCAGGCUGGAAGACUCGCGCCUGGCCGAACUCGCGCCUGGCCGAACUCGCACAAGGCGGAACUCGCGCCGGGCCAAGCUCGCGCCCGGCCGAACCCGCACUAGCCGCGCUCGUUAGGCGGCCGUUUUAUCGUCGGGCGGCGAACGCGCAAGCCAUGACGCAAUCAAUACAAACGACGUUGGCAGGUGCAUGCGCAUGCGUCGGGGGCUACGCCCGACACAUGUUUGCUGUCUGGCUUGGCAGCGGGGCAUACCCAGCGAGCUGUCUCGUGAUUUACUACAUAUGGUCGAAUGACAUUUUGUUCUCGCAGCAUAACUCUUUUGACCGAUGGCCACAUGGCCUCCUCCACUUCCUCUUCCAGCUUCCUACUCC